AUUGGAAUAUUCGACCCAUUAAGGCCCAAAAUCUCCCCCUUUGUGAAAGGAGAGAGAGGAGAAUAUUUUGCUGCGUUAAGUUGAGGCAUUCGUCAUCGUCAUUGUGGAACGUGGAGCUCAAACACUAAACCAGAUCGGAUCUGACCCGGUUCUCGUCGGAAUCUCCAGACGGUAACCGGCGUUCCUCACCCGCUUGCUCUUCAGUCAUGGAAGACGUUAAGGGAAAAGAGCUUAUUGAUGAUGCUCCUGCUGAACAAAUCGAUACCAAGAAGGUUUCAGAUGAGAUGGAGAAUCAUAAACAGCCAUCACCUGAGUGUGAGGAAAAUGCGAUCAAGAAAAAGUAUGGAGGAUUGUUGCCAAAGAAGAUUCCUUUGAUAUCCAAGGACCAUGAACGUGCGUUUUUCGACUCAGCUGAUUGGGCUUUAGGCAAGGUGCAAAAGGGACAAAAGCCAAAAGGGCCUUUAGAAGCACUCCGCCCAAAACUGCAGCCAACACCGCACCAGCAACCAAGAGCAAGACGAAUGGCUUUAGCUUCAGGUGAUAACACUGAAGGUGACGCUGAGACAGACAACAACGACUCUCUGGAUGACCAAGCAUGUGCAUCAGCUUCCGUUGACGAUGGAAGCAGCAUUGGUGAGGCGAAAGACAGCAACAAAUCGUGAACAACAUAUGUAGUUUGACAACUCUUGAGGAGCAAAACAAACAAAUAUCACAAGUCAGUUUUACAGAAGAAGAAUAAGCGACCAGGUUUUGCUUUGCAACGGUUGUAAUAUGGGGAGUCUCUUUACAUUAUCCAUACUUUGGGACAGCAAAUCUGUAUCAUCAUCACAUUACGAACCUAGUGGUUUGGAACGUCCAUUGGACGAUAUUUGCAAAUGGUUUGCUUGCCCUUCUUAAUCAAUGUUCUAAUGCUCUGAUACUAUGGAAAGCUCUGUAGAUCCCACAUAGAAUAGGAGAAGAGAUGGAAGUAUGUAUCUAGUACAUCCUUAUCUCAAUAUUAUUCAUAAGGAUCUUGCAUGUGCAGAAGUUUAUCA